AUGUCUGACAGGCAGGAUUCAGAAAAAGAAAAACUCAGUACUCUUUCUGAUGUGGCAAAAUUCAACUAUGCCUUGAAGCAGUUUCAGACACUGAUUGGAAAAACAGUCGCCCAGAAGAGGGAGGAAAGAUUAGGGAUGUACGUUAAAGAUCAGGAUGAAAUAGAUUAUGAUAAAUUCUAUGAGACAGUACAAACCCUCUUUGGUCCAGAAGUGAAGGAUCAAGAUGUUAAGACCUUUUUCAGGAAGAUUAGCAACAAUCCUGAUGGAAGAAUAGAAUGGUGUGAGAUCUUUGGCUAUUUUAUAGUAGAAGGUGAUGCCCUCGCUUCCCAGCUAGAUGAAGAAAACAUGGUUUUCCUGGUGUCCCGAAGACAGCGGAUUACAAAAGCAGGUGUCAAGAGACGAGAUGUGAUUAAGUGUAUAGCAAAGGUGCCACAAUUGGAUUUCAUGGUAACAGCAUCUCAGAAAGGAACGUUAACCAUUUUUAACAGUCAGAUGAGGGUUCUGACAAGCACAAACAUUGCAGAUAGUUCCUGGGUUACUGGAUGUGAUUAUCUUACUCAGCUCAAACGGAUUGUUGCUGUAACUGAAAGGACUGUUGUCGUCUGGGAUUAUAAAUCACAAGGCAGCUGCCAGGAUAAUUGCUUUAUCAUCAAACCAAUGGAACAUUGUCUGCUCUGUGUUUGUACGGUGAAUUUAGGAGAUCAGCUAGCUAAGGAUGACAUCCUAAUGGGAGAUGAUGGGGGUCAUGUCAACCUUUUUACAGUGACCAGCGAUGACUUUGGACUAAAGCAAUCGAAAGCCAAAAAGAAAUCACAAUUGCAGAUCCUGGACUCCAGGAAAUUCAAGAAUAUUAAACGAAAACUCCAUGAUGACUGGGUUGUGAAGGUUAAGUUUAUCUCUGCCCUGAAUUGUUUUGGAUCCUGCUCCUUAGACAGUGUUCAUUCGUUCGUUCUGGAUGACUUAAAGAGACUAGAGGACAACUUACCUGUCAGGGAGUUUUCUGUCCCAAGAGGAGUUAAUGCCUUCACAUACUGUGGAAAAGCAAAUAUCAUUGUUACUGGGGGUGAUGAUAAAGUUCUCCGUUUAUGGCAUCCCAAUAUAAACACCAAGCCAGUGGGCAAGUUGUUGGGACACUUAUUUAGUGUCAUGGAGAUUGUCACAAAUGAAAAAGAUCAGCACAUUAUUAGCCUUUCCACUGCGAAGGUUUUUAGAGUGUGGGAUAUACAGACCCUUUCGCUGCUGCAGAUCUUCCACGAUAGUCAGGGGAAGGCUGGAGAAAUGCAGAUCUAUGCCAUGAUAUUUGACAAUAACCAUGGCACGCUUAUUACAGGGUCAUCAGUCAUUGAUAUUUAUCCUCUAACCCGGAUGAUACAAGACACCAAACAGAUUCCACAAACGCAUGAAAGAAACAUCAACGUACUGGCUUACAACAGGGCUUUUCACCAAGUUCUCACUAUCUGUGCUGAAUCUAUUGUGAAGGUCUGGGAGCUAGAAUCCGGGCACCAAAUCUACCAGAUUGAAGAUGCCCAUGGGCCUAAUAUUGAAGUGACCUGUGCAGCAAUUGAUAAAAAUGGGUUUCACCUUGCUACAGGAGCCUGUGAUGGAACAUUGAAAAUCUGGGAUUUUGGAAGUGGGCAGGAAAUUAAAGCUUUGCCUGUAGCAAAUGACAGCAAAGAUGAUGAGCAAUGGCUGCUGCAGCUAGUUUAUCUGAAGGCUAGUGAGAGUCGGCAUGUGAUCCUGGCUUUGGAGCACAGUGGGGAGAUCAAAAUCAUUCAGGGUAAUGAAGGUGAACCUCAUCUGACUGUUACAUGGGAGCUCCCUGAGGCUGUGUCACUUAUUCUGCAAGAGAAUCCAGUUAUGUCUCUAUGGCUGAAACCCAAUGCCAGGAAAACAAAUGGAUUUUUUCCAGAUGUUCAGCUGUCGUCUGACACAGGUCCUAAGAGAAAUAACGAAACCCAGAAUUUACCACUGGGUGAAGAAAUGAAGUGCUUUGAUGUGUUAAAAGUAGAAGGAUACAGUUUGAUAGCUACUGGAAAUGCACAUGGUGCAAUAACCUUGUGGGAUUUUGAAUCUGCCACUGUCAGAUACUUUCUCUCCUCCUCCACCACUUCAUCCCUUGUAAGUGAUAUGACAGCCACACAGGGUGCAGAAGGCAGCCACUUUAGUCUAAACAAGACUAGAGGGCAAGCACAGCACAAAGAUGGAAAUGAAGAUGGGAUUUGGGAGUCUACGCCAUUCAGCAGCUUGCUGCUGGAAGAUGUAAACAAUGGAGAGUCUUCAGCAACAGUAGAAGGGGAAGGGACAACAAACGAGAAGGAUGUGCAACCCUCUGACACCAAAAAAUCAGCCUCUGGCUUCUCCAGAAUCAUAGCUGGACAUACAUGCUCACCAAUACUGGCAUCUGCUCAUGAAAAUGGCUGUGUCUAUCUAUGGACUAUUGGGGGAGAUUUACUGAGAGAAGUUUUGCCCUUCACAAAGCAUCCUGCAAUUCCUCUGACUGCUCUGUGCACCGAUAUCUCUGCUAAAAUGCUUUUAGCAGCCACCAAGGAGGGGCAUAUUAUGCGCUGGAAUACUGGUUCAUUCCUAGAAGAUCCACAAGAUGAAAAUAAGCAAAUAAAGCAGCAGCUCUACUGGCGAGCUCAUUCCACCAAAGUGGUCAGCCUAUUCUACGAGGAGGAGAAAAACCUGGUAGUGACAGCCUCUGUGGAUGGUUCUGUCAGGCUCUGGCAUGCACCAAAUGGACACUAUGUUGGUUAUUUCGGACAGCGCAGGGUGUUUGAAUUAUCAGAAUCCAGUGAUUUGAUUUUGCCCUGUGAUGUUAAUGAAUUUCCCGUUAUAAUCAAGGAAGACAGCAAGUACAUGGAAAAGAAGCAGAAGUUUGAAUAUCCUCUAAUACUGGACAGGAAGAAGUGGAAAUCAUUGACCAAAUCAUCCUUACUUUCAAAAAAGCCUAGACCCUUUGAAGUGGAUCAGGAUUUCAAGUUUUUCAAAGCUCUAGCUUCUCCUAAGGUUAAUAGACAACCUUUGGAAAGUUUCAAGUCAGGAAACAAAGAGGCUGGUGUUGUGUUUGGGUCUAUACCUGUAUACAAGGUUCUCAGUCUAACAAGUCACAAACCUCUCCACCAGUUGGGGUCAAAAGAGAAGCAAGACUCAGUUGACACUAUCUUCAAAAGGAUUAAGCAUCAUACACUUUAUGAGAUUGCUAUCAGCUUCGCCAUUGUUCCAUUUGUUGAUGAUAUUCCCAAUAGCACAGUGGCCAUGCCCUAA